AAUAAUAACCAUACAAGGCCACCUAAAAUGGCAGUGUGAGUGACUCAGUCCCGGAAUCUAAACUCAUCACAAUGUCCCUCUCUCCCCUUCUCACAUCAACACGGCCCCCACUCCUUGAUAGAACCCACUUCAAGAUCACUCACACUAACCCCAAAAAACCCACCUUUUCUUCACAUCCAAGUUUCAGAAACCUGCCCACGUUGAUACUGAGCUCCAGCUCCGGCUCCGGCUCUGGCCAUGAGGGAUCUGGUCACCUACCUGUGUCCCCACCAAAACCCACCUCCCUGGAUUGGCAACAGAACGUGUUAUCCACUGCAGCAAGCUUGUAUCCUCUCUAUGUGACUGCUGGUGGGAUUCUUGCUUGCUUCAAGCCGUCUGCUUUUUCUUGGUUUGUGAAGAGAGGUCCAGCUUCUUAUAGUUUGUCUCUUGGGCUCAUCAUGUUGGCUAUGGGUCUCACUUUGGAACUCAAGGACUUGAUUGCCUUGUUUAUGCAGAGGCCUCUCUCUAUACUAUUUGGAUGUGUCGCUCAGUAUACAAUCAUGCCAGCUUUUGGACUGAUUGUUAGUAAAGCGUUGGGGCUUCCACCUUCCUUUACAGUUGGAUUGAUAUUGCUCGGUUGUUGCCCUGGAGGUACUGCCUCUAAUGUGGUGACCUUAAUUGCUCAAGGGGAUGUUCCACUUUCUAUUGUAAUGACAGGGUGCACUACUCUUGGUGCAGUACUUCUCACUCCAUUUCUGACAAAAAUUCUGGCAGGAACUUAUGUUCCUGUGGACGCAAUUGGUCUUUCCAUCAGCACUCUACAGGUGGUUGUUGCUCCUAUUCUGCUAGGUUCAUAUAUGCAGAGCAAAUUUCCUGCAGCUGUGAAAACUAUCACGCCUUACGCACCACUGUUUGCUGUUUUAGCUUCAUCACUGCUUGCUUGCAGUGUGUUCUCAGAAAAUGUUGUGCGUCUUAAAUCCUCAAUGGUUGCUGCGUCAUUGCCAUCUGAUGCCUCUCUAAUUCUUCGCAUUCAGUCAAUCUUCUCUGGUGAAAUGGGAACUAUAAUGCUUGCUGUUCUGCUGUUACAUUUUGCUGGCUUCUUUGUUGGGUAUAUAUCAGCAGCAAUUAUUGGGUUUAAAGAGCCGCAACGGCGGGCAAUAUCGAUUGAGGUUGGAAUGCAAAAUUCUUCCUUAGGUGUGGUAUUAGCAGCAUCGCAUUUCACUUCACCUAUGGUUGCAUUACCCCCAGCUAUGUCUGCUGUGAUUAUGAACAUCAUGGGCAGUAGUAUAGGCUUCUUCUGGAGAUACACGAAUCCCUCUGAUUCAAAGGAAAGCGUACAGUCCCAAGAUUGAUGGAAGUGUAAAUGAAGCCCUCGAUGAUUAUUCACUGAACAUUUUAAUCUUGUUCUUCUGUCUUCAUCAGUGUUCUUGAGAAAUUAUCUGUCAAACCUCCUAGUCGUUGACCAUAGGAUGCAAUGUGGCUCUUCCUCUCCCUAACCCUUGUCUCGGAACUUCAGGCUUGAAUUCAUGUUUCAGAAGAGCACUGGUCUUGAAUUCAUGGAGAGUGGACAUGAGAUCUUGAUGAAUAAUGGUUCAUGUAAAGUUCUCAGAAUUCAUGUAAUUCAAAGUGAUGCUAUGGUUAUAAAAUUUAAAUUGUUUUUGU